UAUAUUUUUUAUGUCUAUUUAAAAAGUUAUAUUAAAAAAACAAAUUGUUAACAAUAUUUAAAAAGUUUUACUUAAUACUUUACAAUGUGGGACAUGUUUAAUUUUUAUUUAAUUUUAGCCAUCACAUUUUAUGGCAAUAGUUUGGCCCAGACUAAUCUGACCAUUACAAAUGGCACUCAAACUCGAUGCCCAAAUGUAACGGGAAUGCCUACUGUGAAUUUCAGCUCGUUAGCUGGACAAUGGUACGAAUUAGCCAUUACCCCGAACAAUACAAUAACCGGUUAUAAGUGCCCUACCAACCGAUCUUAUGGCCUGAAUAUGGAACCUUGCUAUAUUGUGCAAUCACCACCAUCAAUAAUAUCUUACUUGAAUAGUAGCUUUGCAAGUGGUCAGUUAUUCAUCCUGGACACUGACUAUCAAACUUAUAAAAGC